GAACCGAGAUACGCUAUGUUUGAAACCGAACCAGCAAUAACCAGAUGCGUAGGGUUUGAUCUGAGAGCAUUUCGCUGGACACAGGCGAUGAUAUUUGCAAUACAAGAAAUAAACAUGGACCAUAUUUUGUUACCUAAUGUAACACUGGGAUAUACAAUUUUUAACUCUUGUGCUUCUCCAACCAAAGCUUUAAGAGCAGCUCACACUGUACUCAAUGGGCAAGAAGGAACACAAUAUAAUUUUGAAUGUCCUUCAGUCCCUGUUAUAAUCGGAGAGUCUGGGUCAUCGCAAUCGAUAGCGAUUUCAAGGACAUUUGGACCCUUAAGAAUGCCCAUGAUCAGCUACUUUUCCACGUGUGCAUGCCUUAGUGACAAGCGUGAGCAUCCAACAUUUUUUCGCACUGUACCCAGUGACUUUUACCAAGCCAGAGCAUUAGCUCAGCUUGUAAAGCACUUUGGAUGGACUUGGAUUGCAACUAUUCAAGGCGAUAAUGAGUAUGGCAGGAUGGGGGUUCAAGCGUUUACCAAAGAAGUUAAACAAUAUGGCGUCUGUGUAGCCUUUUCUGAAAACGUUUUAAGAACCUACCCAUACAGUCAAAUACUUAAAAUAGUAGAGACUAUUAAACGUUCGACAGUGAAAGUCAUUCUUGCAUUUGCUUCUGAGGGUGACCUGUACCCGUUGAUGCAGGAAAUCGUACGACAGAACAUAACUGGUAUACAGUGGAUAGCAAGUGAAGCAUGGAUAACUGCAGCAAGACCAUCCACGAAGGAAAACUUUAAAUCGUUUGGAGGCGCAAUAGGAUUUGUGAGUCGCCAAAUGGCGAUCCCAGAGCUCAAAGAGUUUCUUUUGAAUAUACGACCUUCUCUGGAUUCUGGAAACAGCUUUGUAACUGGAUUUUGGGAAACUAUUUUUCAAUGUACUCUGCAUUUAACUGAAGAUAAUUCAAACCAAACAUUUUCUGAAACGAACUCUGAGAUAUGCACAGGGCAAGAACGAUUAGACCAAGUAAACAACGCAUUUUUUGAUGUUACAAAAUUAAGGGUCGCUUAUAAUGUUUACAAAGCUGUAUAUGCCAUAGCACAUGCGCUACAGAACUUAAUCUUCUGUCAAAAAGACGAAGGUUAUGAUAAAUUUAAACUCUGUGAAAAUAUUUCGAACAUACAGCCAUGGCAGGUCUAUGAACACCUGCAAAAAAUAAAAUUUACAAACCGUUUUGGUGAAAUUGUAUACUUUGAUGAAAACGGGGAUCCUGCUGCAGCCUAUGACAUUAUAAAUUGGCACCUCACAAAUGGAAUAGUUAAUCAUGUGCCAGUUGGCUAUUUUAAUGCAUCCUCUGAUACAGCAGCUAAACUUAUAAUUAAUGAAGAUAACAUUAUCUGGAAUAGUGGGAAAAGUAAGGUUCCAAAAUCAGUGUGCUCAGAAAGUUGUCCUCCUGGUACAAGAAAAGCAAUAAGAACAGGACAACCUAUCUGCUGUUUUGACUGCAUUCCAUGUGCUGAUGGUAAUAUAAGUAAUAAAACAGAUUCAGUAGAAUGUAUGAAGUGUGCAGUGGAGUACUGGUCUAAUGCAAAAAAAGAUAAAUGCAUACCCAAAGAAAUUGAAUUUCUUUCCUUCAGUGAAGCCUUUGGGAUUACGCUAACUACAGUGGCACUGAUGGGACUAUGCCUCACAAUAGCCACCGCAACAGUCAUCAUUUACAAUAAAAACACACCAAUUGUAAAAGCUAACAACACCGAACUAAGCUGUCUGUUACUGUUUUCCUUAGUUCUUUGCUUUCUCUGUUCCCUUACCUUUAUUGGUGAACCAGUGGUCUGGUCCUGCAUGCUGCGACACACAUUCUUUGGAAUAGCAUUUGCUCUUAGCAUUUCCUGUGUACUAGGGAAAACAAUAGUUGUAGUUACAGCAUUUAAAUCUACUCUUCCAAAUAGUAAUAUGGCAAAACUAUUUGGACCAAUGCAGCAGCGAAUUAUUGUUUUUGCAUGCACAGGAGUUCAAAUAAUUAUUUGUGCUUUGUGGCUAAAUUUAUCACCUCCUUUUCCAGUAAAAAAUCUAAAACAUGACAAAGAAAAGAUUAUUUUGGAGUGUAACAUAGGGUCAGCAAUAGGAUUCUCCUUAGUAUUAGGCUAUAUUGGUAUGUUGUCUUGUAUAUGUUUUGUGAUGGCAUUCUUGGCUAGAAAGCUACCAGACAACUUUAAUGAAGCCAAAUACAUUACUUUUAGCAUGCUAAUCUUCUGUGCAGUUUGGUUAACCUUCAUACCAGCAUAUGUUAGUUCACCUGGAAAAUACACAGUGGCUGUUGAAAUAUUUGCAAUUUUGUCCUCAACGUUUGGUCUGCUUAUUUGUAUAUUUGUUCCUAAGUGUUAUAUUAUCUUGCUAAAACCUGAGAGAAAUACAAGACAAUACAUAAUGGGGAAAAUGCCUUCCAAACGCCUGUGA